AUGGCUACAAUUGCAUAUAAAAGGGACGGAAAGCAAAAUCCAGGCUUUGUUGGAGAUGAUGGCAUAGAAUUGCAUAAUUUACAAAAUGGACAUAAUUUUGACAAGAAAAAUCGAACAGUUCAAUCCCAGUAUAAAAUUUGCGACGAUCGUAAGCUUCCUCUUGCUUUAUCAUUGACUAUUAAGACGACGGAGAAACAGGAAGUUCGACCCGAGCGUCAAACCUGGGGCAACAGCAUGGAGUUCCUCUUCUCCUGUAUCGCCAUGUCCGUCGGUCUCGGCAAUGUUUGGCGCUUCCCCUUCACUGCCUACGAGAACGGAGGUGGCGCCUUCCUGAUUCCCUACAUAAUCAUACUCUUCUUGGUAGGCAAACCUUGCUACUAUCUAGAGAUGAUCAUUGGGCAAUUCACGAGCCGUUCAUCGGUGAAGAUGUGGGCAGUGGCUCCAGCGCUACGAGGUGUCGGUUAUGCCCAGAUGUUCUCCAUGGUUGCCGUCGGCACCUACUACUGCUCCCUUAUGUCCAUCACCCUGUACUACCUGUUCGGUAGCUUUCACGCACAAUUACCUUGGUCCGAGUGCCUCGAACAGUGGGGUCCAAUUUGUAUUGAUUCUGGCAAUCACGGCAAAUUAAACGUUAGCUUUAUUGGACGACGGGAUUUGACAGGUCUGAAAAGCUCUGCCGAACUCUACUUUACAAAAGCUGUACUGAAAGAAAAGCCAAACAUCGACGAUGGCCUAGGUUUUCCCGACUGGCGUUUAAGUCUCUGUCUUCUAUUGUCGUGGUUAUGCAUCUUUGGGGUAUUGGCCCGAGGUGUGCAGAGCUCCGGCAAAGCGGCGUACUUCCUCGCCCUAUUCCCCUACGUCAUUAUGAUAGCCUUGCUCAUAAGGGCUGUGACGCUAGAGGGCGCCACUACUGGCAUCCUUUACUUCAUUCGGCCCAAUUGGUCAAAACUCUUUCAGGCCGACGUCUGGUAUGCCGCCGUCACACAAUGCUUCUUCUCGCUUUCUGUCUGCUUCGGGGGUCUUAUUACCUAUUCCUCCUAUAACGAAUUCAGACAUAAUAUUUACAGAGACGUAAUAGUGGUGACGAGUCUGGACACCCUAACGAGUCUCAUGGCUGGCUUCACUAUCUUCGGGAUCUUGGGUAAUCUCGCCCACGAGCUGGGCACCGAUGACAUUAGCAACGUCGUCCGCGGCGGCUUCGGACUCGCCUUCAUUUCUUAUCCGGAUGCCAUUGCGAAAUUUACGUUAUUCCCUCAGCUUUUUUCGGUUCUAUUUUUCUUGAUGCUGUACGUCCUAGGAAUUGGAAGUGGAAUCGCAUUAGCUGGAGGAAUCAUCAGUAUCGUCAAUGAUCAAUUUCCCAACUGGACACACUGGCACAUUGUUCUUGUCACAUCGAUUGUUGGCUUCAGCUUUGGUACAAUUUAUUGUACACCAGGUGGUCAAUUCGUGCUAGGACUGGUGGACUACUAUGCAGCGUCUUUCGUAGUAUUUAUCCUCGCAAGCAUGGAGGUGACUGGGGUGUUUUGGUUAUAUGGCCUUGAGAACUUUCUGGAUGACAUGGAGUUCAUGCUGGGCAAACGUCCUACUAUCUACUGGCGGAUCUGCUGGACACUCGUCACACCGCUUCUCCUCGUUUCAAUCUUCAUUUAUACGGUGGCCAAUCGAACACCUCUCACGUAUGGGGGUAUAGCCUACCCUGACAGCGCUCACGCCGCUGGAUGGACACUUCUUGCAUUCGGUAUCCUCCAAGUUCCCUUUUGGUACAUUUAUACGAUUUUCACGAAAAGAAAUCUCGGCAUACCAGAGAUGUUCCUGUUACCAUUAAAGCCAAGCAAGCAGUGGGGUCCAUUACAUCAGGCAAACCUUACGGCUUGGCGUCAUUUCAAAGAAAUACGUCGAGCUCAACGCGAAAAGCGCAUCUCCUCCCGCUUACAUCAGUUCCUGUACAUCCUUGUCGGAUGCGAGUCCAGAUUAAAUUGAAAGUAUCCGCGUAUUAAUUGGCCGCGGAAGUGGAAGCGAAGGAACGCUGAGCGGAUCAUCGAUUCUACAGAAUUACGUCUCACCGAGAGAAAUUAGAUUGACAACCUCGAGGACUUUUUCGUCUUGUUGCCUAUCCAUAACAGUGCGUUAUUUGAGAUUGAUUAUAAAAAAUAUUAAUUAAUUCUCAAAAUGAGGUGAUGAUUAUCAGGCUAUGAACACAUUAUUUAAAUUAAUAAAACUCGUUGAGUUAGCAAUAUGAAAGACUCGUGAGUAGUGUAAACUUAAAUUCAUGCGAUAAAAUAUAGUUAGAACUAAAAAAUCAGCAUAAA